UUUUUGUCUUUUAUAAGUUUUCGUGGGUUGCGCUUAGCGGUUUAAAAUUUGAGCGAUAUUUGUAAAAAAUGUCCAUUAGAGGAUGUUUCUUGUGUAACUAUAAAUUCGAUCCAAAAAAUUUUCAUAUAGUUUUCCUCUACGUGAGGCCAUUAAAAAGCAAUGGAUAGAAGUGUGUGAUCUACUUCUGAGGGAUAAUCUGACGAAUUUGUUCAUAUGUUCUUAACAUGUUUGACCAGAAAAUUAUCAUAAGCCACACACUUUCAACAAAAUAUAAACUGAAAUUAGGAGCUAUACCAGAAGACAUUUUCAGUUUACCUUUCAAUUGUUGUGAUGAAUGUCACAGAACAAACCAUAAAGGGAGACGUUUUUCUAAACCAAGAUACAUUAAUGAGAUUUCCACAUCCCAAGAAAAAAGACCAAGAGCGAAAUGGGUUAUAGCACUGGUUAAGAGACAUUCCAAAAAUCAAGCAACUACAAUAAAAAAAACUCCAUGAUGCCAAACAUUUAUUGCAUAAAAUGGUUAAAACUUUAGGAGGUAUGGUUGAUUGAUUAAAAAGAAAGCUUUCUGAACAGGCUGGCAUAUAUUCUGAGCAUGUCGAAUAUUACUCAGUACAGGAGACAAAAGGAGACUCUCUCAAUUCUUUAGAAGGGACAUGAAAAUUAAAACUUGAAAGAAUACAAGGAGAAUCAAUAACACCAUUUAUCACACGAAGGAAAAAACAUAGAUCCAGAAAUUUUCUAUGGUCAUCUGGAAUAGCCACUCCAUGAAGCCACCCACUUCAAGGAGCUCCAUUCGUAAACCUCUCUGGCCCAUCCAAUACCUAAAAUACCAUUAAAAUUUGUUCUGCACAGCCUCGAUUCGGUGUUUGUGAAUUUCAUAAAAAGGAGGCCAGAUACUCAAAUUAUGGUAUUUCUCCAAUGGUGGAUUGGUAGAAAUGGAUCGAUUGUAUGACCUGAAAGAUCUGCAUCACCAUUGGAUUUUUUCCUCUGGGGAUGUUUAAAAUCAAAAGUGUAUAAGAAAAACCACAAAAUUUAGAUCAUUUAAAAAUAGAAUUACAUAUGAAAUAACGCGAAUUAAUGAAAAUAUCUUGAUUAAUGUUAAUAUUGUGAAGAAGUUAAUGGUGGACAUUUUCAACACCUGAUAAAAUAAUUUCUAAAUUAAGGUGCUCUGGCACUGAAAUCUUUCGAUAUUCCACUCUAGCGCCGUAUACAAGUACUAGUUUUCUAGGUUUCUUUCGUUUCUUCUUCUCUAAAAACACGUUAAAGAUCCAUUACAUCAGCAAGAGCCGAGAAAGGUCACGUUGGUCUGGGUCCCGGGUCACACCGGUGUCCGGGGCAAUGAGGCAGCGGACGCCUUAGCCAGGGAGGGGUCCUCGCAUAGGCAUAUAGGGCCAGAGCCCCGCUUGGGGAUCGCCCCGUGUGUGAGGCGGGGAGCUCUAGAAGCCUGGGCGAGAGACCGGGCCGCGGGGAGCUGGAGCGAUGCUCCGGGAAUGAGGCAGGCGAGGCUUAUGAUGGAUGGGCCCGCCCUUCCUCGGACCAGGGAGCUGCUUAGACUGACCAGGAGGGAGUGUAGAGCACUAACAGGGGCCUACACAGGACAUUGCAGGCUUAGGAGGCAUCUCUGCUUGCUAGGCAUUGGAGACGACCCGGAGUGUAGGUGGUGCAUGGAAGGGGAGGAGACCCCGUAUCAUCUGCUCACCGAGUGCCCUGCCUUGACAUGGGCAAGAUUGGGAGUCUUCGGAACGGGCUUGAUCGAUCCGGACUCAGUGCACGAGGGAUCAAAAUGCCAACAUUCCGGCAUGACGGGCCUAUGUAAACAAGUAAAAGACUGUCCGUUAGCAUUAAGUGCUGUUAAAAGAGGGGAACGACACAAUUUGGAACGAUGCGGUUUUGUCGGAUUUGAAGAGGUCGUUUGUUGCCCACAAGCUUUGGACCGCAGUCCUCUUGUGGAUUCGACCACUACGGACCAGGGAGUUGUCUGGACGGACAACGAAAUUCCUAGAAAAGAUCCGCCCAAGCAGCGUAACGAGACAAAUGACGGAAGUACGGAUGUCGAUAAUAAAGGAAGGAUCAACGCUAAACGAAAAUGCGAGAAAGCCUGCGAGAAGUACAUAAAAAUGAACGACAUUAAACCCCAAGUUGACUUCCAUAUCAUAGGUGGCGAAGACGCAAGAUUGGGGGAAUUUCCCCAUAUGGCGGCUUUAGGCUUUGAGGCAGACGACGAUUCAGGGGAAGCGUUAGACUGGAGAUUGUGUGCCGCAUCGCUAAUAUCAUCAAAGUUCUUGCUUACGGCCGCUCACUGUUUCGUAAACACAAGACGACCGGUUUUAAGAAAAGUCAGAAUGGGCGUUGUUAACUUGAGAAGAGAUAAGGUGCCUCCCGAGGAUUACGAUACGCUUAACACGACCAUUCAUCCCAAAUACAAUACCCGCACCAGGCACAACGAUAUCGCGGUAGUGGAACUCUCAACUCGAGUUAAAACAUCCCAGUACAUUCAGCCAGCCUGUCUCUACACCGAAGAUGAUGAUCCUCUGGGAUUAAUUAUCUCGGGAUGGGGCCAAAUAGUGGCCGGAAUUGGUGACGAAAGGGCGACUCAACUCCAAAAAGCUACACUGGCGCCUGUGUCGAUCAGUCAAUGCAAUAUAACGUUACUAUCUAAAUCGAUCGGCACCAGUAAGAUUAUCGUUGCUUCACAGAUAUGUGCUUGGUCGGAUACUAGUGAUACUUGCCAGGGCGAUUCUGGGGGACCGCUUCAAAUUCAGAAAAAGGACGGCAGUUAUGCUAUCGUGGGCAUAGUUUCUUAUGGAGCGGGUUGCGGCGGAAAAACUCCAGGAGUAUACACGAGAGUUUCCAGAUUUUUAAAUUGGAUAGAGACGGUUGUGUGGCCGGAUUAAUAAAUUCGUGUUUGUCGCCCCUAGGUCUUUUAUUCCAAUGAACUUAGAGAGUGACAAUUAUAUCACAUCAUAAAGUGUGUGAACUAAUAAAUGCACGUACUUCGGUGAUAAGGUGCGUGAGGCCAAGAGGAUAUCUUAUGAUUGAUGACGAAAGGGGUUGUAGCUUUGGUUAAGGUUAAUGUUAAUGUUUAUUUUAAUUAUUUUUAGUUUCCUUAUAUUUAGUGAUUUUAUUGCAUCCUCGCCUAAAAGUAAAGUUUAUCUAGUCACGUAAGUUAUAUUUUACAACAGUCUACAAACAAAAAGUAUUCUAGGGUAAGAUCCGUAGCAAAUAUUUUAAUUAAAUUAAAUUUCUUUUAGGCCGAAAAGCUUUUAUUAUUAUUGUCCAAGAUUUGUAAGUUAUUUGUUGCAGAUUCAUAGUUAUGAUUCAUAGAAUAUUUUUGGAUAUUUUUAGUUAAUAAAAAUUAGGUAAUCUCAGGACUAAUUUUAGUAAGAUAUUUAAAUAAAAAGUACAAUACCAAGCAAGUAUUAUGUCAAAAUUGUAUAUGAAUGUUAGCACAAACUACGAAGGACAAUUUAUUUAAAAAAACAAUUUGAUGUUACAAGAGGCUAAAAUAGGCGAAUAUAAACAAAUAAAUUAUAUAAAAAGCAAAAUAUAAAACCUGUUAAGUUUUCGCCAUUUUAAAUAGGAAUGUCGCUACAUAGUUUUUUAAA